GUUACCCCCCUUUUGAUUAAUGGCGGCAUAUUUUGUAAACAAACUCGUUUUAUUGCCAUACACUCAUUGAAUUCACGAUGAGUUUCAUAGAAAACAUAACGAAAGAUAUGGUUUUACCACCGUAUGAACCCCCUCCACCCUAUGUUCCACCAGGCCAGCGUCUGGAUCAUCCAGACUAUAUUGGUAACGUAAAAAACUUCCUACCGAGAUGUGUUACCAUGGUGAGAAAUCAAACAUCAGAAGCUCUUGGUUUUAAUAUUCGUGGAGGUAAAGAACAUUUCUGUGGUAUUUAUGUUUCUAAGGUGAUGCCCAACAGUGAAGCUAAUAACUUAGGUGUUAAAGAGGCUGAUCAGAUUUUGAGUGUUAACAACCUUGAUUUUAAAGAUAUAGAGCACUCAGAGGCUGUAAAAAUAUUAAAGAUGAAUACUGUUAUAGAAAUGGAAUUACUUUAUUUUCCUUACGGAUACAAUAAAACUUAUGAAAAAAAUAGAUUGAUGUCUGCAAAUUCACAGUCUUCAAGAUGACCUCAAGAAUGACCUUCGGUCCGUUCCAUUCCAUCUUUUUACACCCAACACUUCACUAUGUAUUUUUUAUUUCACGACAUAUUGAUGCCUAUUUGCAUAUUAUGUUAGGGAUGGGGUUGGACGAUGGGGAUAUGUGUUCUUGAAAUGCUCAAUGUCCAGCAGAUUUACUGCAAAGUAUUUUAUAUGUUAAAAAUGUGCUUCUCUAUUUUAACUUUUAUUUAAUAUUAUAUAUAGAUUUUACUUCCUUCCACAUUUGCAGUGCCACAUGUAGGCCUAUUAUUAGUUCCUCAUAAUUCUGUUAUUAUAAUUUAUGGGCUUCAAUGCAAGAUAAGAUAAUUUCUCAGUGAGAUAUCUUAGGUCAGUAUAAUAAUUUAGUAAUGUUACUUUCUAUCCAAUAGACUUGAACACCAACAUUUAGAACCACACUUUAAACACCCUUUUCUCAAAGUGACUAAAAUACUUGUCUUGAAAAUAUGGGAUCCUAAAUAUCCAAUAAUUACGACAAAAUGAACAUUUUAUAAUUAGUACACGACGAUGUGUGUUCUAUGGUUAUGGCUGCUAUUUGUAAUGAACAAAAACAAUGUGGAAGUAAUUGUAAAUACUGAUUCACAAACGACAAAAUAUUAAUGAUAAAAAAAAACCCAGUAGAAUGGACUAAGAAGGCAUAAACGACUGUUGUUUAAUAUGGAAUGUUCACCUAUUUCACCAAACAUAACCAUUUAGAAAUUACACCAUUGAUCUGGUUUUCGACCCAUUUUCAGAUACCAAAGAAUAGAGCUAUAGGCCCUUUAAGACUACGGGAUAAUUUUUAUAUAAUUUUGCUUUUUAGGUAAUUAACCCAUAACUAUUCAGGGUGAAAAUGUCUAUGUAAGAUCAUGCAGUCAUACUUUUUACGUCCCAGCAUUAUCUAGAUGUCAACAGGGGAAUGUUAAAUGCUUAAAUUUUCUAGAGUGGAUUCAAUCAGUUUUAAAAAGCUUGGGGGAGUUGGGUGAUCAAAUGGUUUAAUGCGUGCAUGUUAGAUCGUAAGGUCUGUCUUCGAGUCAAGUGGUGUGGUUUCGAUUCCCCUGCUUGUACAUGACAAGGAGUUUGGUCAGGUGUCCAACCUUGUGUUUCAUCUCACAGCUAAAGACCCCUACAUUCAAGAAAAUUGAACCAUAUGUUAUUCCCAAAAUAAUCUAGUUUGUGUCGAGUGGACGUUAAACUCCACUUCUCUCUCUUAAAAAAGCCCAUCAAAAGAUCUUAAAUAACAAUUAAGGAUUUUUGUCCCCUGCCUUUCUAAGAAAGCAGGGGACAAUUUAAAUGGGUUCGUCUAUCUGUCUGUCUGUCUGUCCGUCAUACUUUUUGGGACACAAUAACUCUCCUUCUAAGUGAGCUAGAAUGUUCAGACUUGGUGUAGGUGUUUAUUAGGUCAAUGCCUUGAUGGAGUUCGGGGAUGAGCGUUUUCUGCUUAGGGUAAGCAGAGAUAAGCAAUAUGAUUGGUUGAUGCUCUGGGACACGAUAACUUAGUUCUAAUUAAGUGAGAGUGAUAAGACUUGGUGUAUAAUUUCAUUACAUCAAUACCUUGACUAUGUUCGAUAAUGAGCAUUUUCUGCUCAGGUUAAGCAGAGCAAUAAGCAGUUUGAUUGGUCGGUAAGCAGAGAUAAGAAAUCCGAUUGGUUGAUGCUUUGGGGCACGAUGACUUUGGUUAUAAUUACGUGAGUGUGAUGAAACUCUGAGUAUAGAUUCAUUAUAUCAUUACCUUGAUUAAGUUCGAUGAUGAGAAUUUUCUGCUUAGGCUAAGGAAUAAUAAGCAAUUUGAUUGGUCAAGACUUUGGAACAUAAUAACUCUGCUUUUAAUUGAGGUAGAAUGUUUAAACUUGAUGUAGAUGUUCAUUAGGUGAAUGUCUUGACUGAAUUCAAUGAUUAACAUUUCGAGCAAAAGCUAAGUGGAGCUAAACAGUUUCAUUGGUCGAUGUUUUGGGACAAGAUAACUUUGACGCUAUCUGAUAGAGAGUGAUGAAACUUAGUGUAUAGUUGAUAAUCAGUUUGAUUGCUUGAUACUUUUGAAAAAAAUAAAUGUGCGAUUAAUUAAUAUGUGUCCUCUAUUUUUUUUUUUGAUUUCGGCAGGGGACAUCAGCCUCACUGUUGGCUUGUUUAAGACAUACUCAGUCUUGAUUUUUUCUCAUUAUAAAAUUUGUUCAAGCCUCAAAGCUGAUUUUGUCUCAUUUUUAUUUAGAAUAAUUCAUGAAUACAGAAAUCCUUACUUUUAAAACUAUUUUCAAGUGCUUCUUUUUUUUUUGUAUUUAAAU